AUGCAGGUCUUUCCAGAUUCAAGACACGGAUUAUGUGUAUGGCAUUUGCAUCAGAAUGCUAUUACCAGAUUUGGGGCAUUGAAACGAGAUCCAACUUUUAAGAAGACAUUCAACUAUUGCUUGUAUAAGUGUGUCACAGUAGUUGAAUUUGAAACCAAUUGGAGAUCAAUGCUGCAACAAUAUGAGCUGAUAGGGGAAGAGUGGUUUACAAAUAUUGUUCAAAGGUACAAUACAACGUUGGAGAAGUACAGAAAAGCAAGCGAAUUCUCUUGUAGUAAAUCGGUUCCAUCCUCGGCUUUACCACUAUCUGGAUUGCUGAAACAUGCAUCAGAAGUUUACACGUUGUCACUAUUCAGAGACUUUGAGGAGGAAUUUAGAUAUUCAAUUGCAACAACAGCAAAAUUAAUUUGGAAACAAGAAAAUACUGAGUUCUAUGUUGUGUCCAUUGAUGAAGAACCUUGGUCUACACAGAGAGUAACAUACAUCCACGAGAGCCAAACAGUAUCAUGUACGUGUAAAAACUUUGAAGCUUCAGGAUGGUUGUGCUACCACUGCAUUAGGAUAUUGCACCUUCAUCCGGUUAACCGGAUUCUAGAACAGUACAUCAAAAAGAGGUGGACAAAAUCUGCCAAGUCAUCAGUUUGGAACAAAUUAGAAAAUGAAAAACCAGAAGAGGUGCAGUACACACCUUGGCGCCAAACCAUGGCUAGGAAAUACUACAACCUUAUCUUGAAAAGCCAGUCAAAUGAGGAGACAAGAACCCUUAUGGAGGAUGGUUAUGCCGCUAGUGUGUCUCUGGUUGAUGAACUUCUAGCAUCAUUAAAUGUUUCAAACACUGACGACGCUUCAACCACAGAAACAAGUGCAACAGCAGCACCUGAAACAAGUGCAACAGCAGCACCUGAAACAAAUGCAACAGCAGCAUAUGAAACAAACUCAGCACCAGCCGGUACUCAUGCAACAACAACAAGUGAUACAAGUGUACAACAAGCAACAAGUUCUGAACCUGCAACAAACACAGCAACUGAACCUCCUAUGGUGUUGGAUCCUGAACGUUGCACAACAAAAGGAAGGAACAAAAGACCACGAGGACCAUUUGUCAAAAAGAAGAAGGGAAAAACUGCAGCGCCUCCAACAGCAGACUUAAUUUGGAACAAUAACUCCAAAUUUGAGAUUAUUUUGAUUCUUUUAAUGUUUCUUAUCAAAAAUAGAAUUUAA